GCCUGCCUGCCUGACACGAAUGUCUCCCUUGGGGCCAGCGCCCCGCCCACUGCUCCCCCUCCUUGGUCAUUGCCGUGUUUGUUUGCGCUUCGCCUUUGCCUUUUCCGACCGCCGCACCAUUCCGAUUCCCAUUCAUUUUAUUUUUUAAUUAUAAAUUGGUAUGACAAAUCAAAAUCUGACAAAUUCUCUAUUCAAAACUUCGACGUUUUUUUGUUUUUACCAAAUGACCCCCAUUCUCAAUUCUGAUCUUGACUUUGAUUUAUCUAUCUCCUCUCUCAUUCAUCCACACCAAAUUCCUGCUUUCUAACAAGAUGAUUCUCAGUACAAAAUUUUCCAAACAGCACCUGUCCAACUCAAAACCCUAGACACAUAACUCCACUACAAAACAAUGCAAAUCCACAAAUACCCCUCCGUCUCCAAUCUCCAUCUCCAUAUAUCAUCAUCACGCAACCCACGCAUAAGUAAGACUAAAAUUACUCUACAAGUAAUCCAUCUCCUCUCCAUUUCAAUUUAACAGCUAAAAAUCAAUUCCUUAAAUUCUACUUCUUCUCCUCCACAGAUUCUAUUCUUCUCUUAAUCACAGUCCUAAUCGGGUACCCGAGAAAGGAACUGGAACCUGCAUUUUAGGUUCCGGUUUCUUGAAUUUAAGAACCUGCAUUGUGUGGUUCUGGUUCUUUUUCCUCCGAAAAAUGUAGGGUACCCAUAACCGUCACCCCCCAAAAUUUAUUAUGUAAUAACAUACCUGUGUGCUGUAUCUCUGCAUUUUAGAUUUAUCUAUUUGGUAUAAUGUAUAUUUAUGAGCUGGGAGAGACCAAAGGUUUUCAGUUUGCGCUCAAGACUUUUAAUUUUUAGAAAAUAAAUCUAUUAUGUGGAAAUUCGAUCAGAAUUCAUUCAUUAAUUAAAUGUUGCAUUUACAUCGUCUGAACCUUGUAAUUAGAGUAUCGUUUCAUAAGAAAAGCCUUCACUCCCAUGGCUGCAGAUGCAUAUUCAUAUAUUUUUCAAGUUGACUUUUAUUUUAUGUAGUUUUUAUAAAAGUUUAUUUUGAUUGUUUGAGGAAGUUAGCUAGGUGCAGCAAUCCUUUGUUAAAAGGUUUUUGAUGAAGAUUCAGAUCCAUACCAUGUUAAGAUUGGCAAAUCGCAGUUACUAGUUACUUGGCAGAGAACUAAGGUCUGACCAGGAUGCAGAACACUGACUUACCCAAUGAGGGAAACAAAUUUCAAGUCCGGAAAUUGGAGAUCACAGACAAAAGCAAGGGUUUCAUAGAGUUGUUGCAACAACUAAGUGUUUGUGAUUGCGUGUCUGACAAGCAAUUUGAAGAGCGAUUUCAAGAACUCAGUUCCUAUGGUGAUGACCAUAUUGUUUGUGUGAUUGAGGAUGAUCAUUCUGGGAAAAUUAUUGCAACUGGGAGUAUGUUCAUUGAAAAAAAGUUUCUGAGAAAUUGUGGAAAAGUUGGGCAUAUUGAAGAUGUUGAGGUUGAUGCCGGUGCACGAGGAAUGCAAUUAGGAAAGAAGAUAAUCAAAUUCCUUACAAACCAUGCUCAUGAUAUGGGGUGUUACAAGGUAAUUCUUGAUUGCAGUGUUGACAAUAAAGCAUUCUACGAGAAAUGUGGUUUCAAAGAGAAAGAAAUUCAGAUGGUUCAGUACUUUGUUUAAGAAAUAAUUUUAUUGAUGUUAUUCUUUACCAUCCAUGCACUUAUUGAAAAAACUAACCAGAGAAGGUACAAUAAAAUUGAUAUUAUACUCUUUUUUUUU